GAAACAUAACACUCGCCUACCUGCAGCAUUUGUGACCUGUAUGGAUUCUGUUGGUUUAGAGGAGACGCGCUAUAUGUAAAUAAGACUGUUUGAGGUUCGAGGAACGAUGUCUUCAGGGUUGGCUGUGUUGUGUCUGCUGCUCCUGCACACUGGAGCUCAUGGUUUUGGCAUAUUGCCAGAAAAAUCUGAGAGUCACCUGGAGAUUACUGAGAGGGCCAUUUUAAAUGCCACAGUGCAGGCGUGCCGAGCUCUGGCCCAAACCGAGGGCACAGACUUCACUUCUCCAACUCAACCCUUCACUGUGGAGAACGUUGCUGUCGCCUGUAACGCUCCACAGUCGUCUAAGGCUUUCCGCCAAGCCAUUCAGUUCAUCACGCUGAUGAAUGUACGCGUGGACAUCCGCCACGCUCUUAAUGCAAGCUUCCACUUUGAUGAGGAGAACUUUAUUCAAGGAAGGAAAAUCAUCGCAGAAGGAGUACAAGUGAUCAAAGCAAGCAACAAGCAGGAAAAUUACGAGGCAGCGAGGAAGAAACUGGGAGAGGUCAUGCAUCCUUUACAGGACUUCUACAGCCACAGCAACUGGGUGGAGUUGGGGAAGAAAUACCCAAAUCCCAAUCUGAUCAGAUCAGACACCAGCAUUGGAAACCUAACAGACGAGAGCAGGGCGACUUGUCGCAGCUGCAACGGAGACGACUGCACCAACAACAUCUUGGAGGACAUCAUAGAGGAGCAGAUCCUGACCUCUGGCUACUUUGGCAUCGUGCCUUUUGUCUCAACUAAACCCAAAGGAAAGUGCAGUCAUGGAGGAGGAGUUGAUCAAACUAGUAAACUGGAUCCUAAAGGUGGCAUCAACAAAGACACGUUCAGCUCCGACCAUGGACAUCUCCACACUGAAGCAGCGAACAUGGCCGUAGCUGCAACCAGCGAGCUGCUGGAAGACCUUCGAGGGGCUGCUGGUGACAAACAGUUCCUGCAGAUGGUGGGAAUCUCCAGAGGAUCCAGUAAAGCUCUUUGUUUUGUCAUUGACACCACAAGCAGCAUGCGCGAGGACAUCGAGGCAGUGAAAAGCGUCACUUCCUCUAUAAUCAACAGUGAGGUGGGAACGGAGAACGAGCCCUCAGUUUACAUCCUGGUGCCUUUCAACGAUCCAGAAUUUGGACCGCUGAUAAAAACUUCAGACCCCACGGUUUUCAAGAAUGUCAUUAACACACUAACAGCAUCCGGUGGAGGAGACAACCCGGAGCUGAGUCUUUCUGGGCUUCAGCUGGCUUUAUCUGGAGCUCCUUUGAAUUCUGAGAUCUUCCUCUUCACCGAUGCACCUGCUAAAGACAGAAACCUGAGGAGCACCGUGAUCGCACUCAUAGAGAGGAUGCAAUCAGUGGUGAACUUCUUCAUUACUAACUCAGGGGCGGUGAAUCGGCGGAGAAGGCGACGGUCCGAUCGGCUGUCAGCUUCAGACGCUCAGCUGUACAGAGACCUGGCUCAGACUUCAGGAGGUCAGGCCAUUGAAGUCACAAAGAGUGAACUUCCAGCAGCUGUUAGCAUCAUAACCGAGUCCACCAGCCCCUCUCUGGUGACUCUUCUUCAGGCAGCCAGGAACCCAGGAAAGGCUGAUAAUUUCACUUUUAUAGUGGAUGAAACUGUAACAAACCUCAGAGUUUACAUCACUGGCAGCUCCAUCACUUUCACUGUCAUCAGCCCCACAGGUGAAUCCCAGCAAAGCACCGACUCAUCAGGUUCGCUGAUCUCUACAUCACAGUCUGUGGGCAACUUCAAGACUCUGCAGCUCAACAAACAAGUUGGAAUGUGGGAAAUAAAUAUGGUGUCAACUAAUCCCUACACUCUGAAGGUCAUCGGUGAGACACUCA